CUCAGCGCCCGGGCCCAUUUCUUUUCCUCCCCCUUCUUUCCCUCCCUCCCUCCUCCACAGCCGGGCCCGGGCGGACGGCGGCCCGGGGAGGGGGGGGGAAAAAAAAAGAAGAAAGGCUCCGCGAUGCCGCUGCUGUUCCUGGAGCGCUUCCCCUGGCCCAGCCUCCGCACCUACGCGGCCCUCAGCGGCCUGGCCCUGCUGGCCGCCGGCCUCAGCGCCCACCGCGCCCUCCGCCGAGCCCCCGAGCCGCCGGGAGCCCCGAGCCGCCGCCCUUGGCAGCCUCUGGAUGUCGUUUCUUACCUGCUGGCCGACGGUCUCUGCGUCUGGGUACUAGUGAACACUGCCUGCUGUGUUCUGAUGUUGGUUGCCAAGCUAAUCCAGUGCACAGUGUUUGGUCCUCUUCGUGUCAGUGAGAGGCAGCACCUCAAGGACAAAUUCUGGAAUUUCAUUUUCUACAAGUUCAUCUUCAUUUUUGGUGUGCUGAAUGUGCAGACCGUGGAAGAAGUGGUGAUGUGGUGCCUCUGGUUCUCUGUCCUCGUGUUCCUGCACCUGAUGGUUCAGCUCUGCAAGGACCGCUUUGAAUAUCUUUCCUUUUCUCCUACCACCCCCAUGAGCAGCCACAUGCAAGUCCUGACCCUGCUGGUCACCAUGCUCCUGUCCUGCUGUGGCCUGGCAGUUGUCUGUGCUGUUGUUGGCUACACCCAUGGCAUGCACACCCUGGCUUUCAUGGCAGCUGAGUCUCUGCUGGUGACAGUCAGAACUGCUCACGUGAUUUUACGAUAUGUAAUUCAUCUCUGGGAUCUGAACCAUGAAGGAACGUGGGAGGGCAAAGGCACUUAUGUCUACUACACAGAUUUUGUCAUGGAGCUAACCUUGCUUUCCCUGGACUUGAUGCAUCAUAUUCAUAUGCUGCUGUUUGGCAAUAUCUGGCUGUCCAUGGCCAGCCUGGUGAUUUUCAUGCAGCUGCGCUACCUGUUCCACGAGGUCCAGCGAAGGAUUCGGAGGCACAAGAACUACCUGCGUGUGGUUGGGAACAUGGAAGCUAGGUUUGCAGUUGCAACCCCGGAGGAGUUGGCAGCCAAUAACGACGACUGUGCCAUCUGCUGGGACUCCAUGCAAUCUGCACGGAAGCUCCCCUGUGGACACCUCUUCCACAACUCCUGCCUGCGGUCCUGGCUGGAACAAGAUACAUCUUGCCCCACCUGCAGAAUGUCUCUUAACAUCACUGACAGCCAUCAUGUGAGGGAGGAUCACCAAAGGGAAAACCUGGAUGAGAACCUGGGCCCCGUGGCAGUAGCAGAAGGCAGACCACGUUUGAACCAGCACAAUCACUUCUUCCACUUUGAUGGCUCCCGAAUUGCCAGUUGGCUGCCCAGUUUUUCAGUAGAAGUGAUGCAUACUACAAACAUCCUUGGCAUUUCCCAAGCCAGCAAUUCCCAGCUUAAUGCUAUGGCCCAUCAGAUUCAGGAGAUGUUCCCUCAGGUUCCUUAUCAUGUAGUUCUCCAGGACCUGCAACUAACUCGUUCUGUAGAGAUCACCACUGACAACAUCCUAGAAGGACGUAUCCAGGUACCUUUCCCCACACAGCGUGCAGACAGCACCAGGCCUGCACUGAACAGCUCUGUGGGAUGGCACAGUACUGAUCAGGAGGACAAUGAAACUGUCACCCAGACUGAGAGAGUGCCUCUUGAACUCAACUCCAGACUGGAAGAAACAGUGGAAUUGAAUGAAAUGGAAGCAGAGCCUAGUGAAGCAGAAGAUUUUGAGGCCAGGGGAAGUCGUUUCUCCAAGUCAGCUGACGAGAGGCAGCGGAUGCUGGUUCAGCGGAAGGAGGACUUGUUGCAGCAAGCUCGGAAGCGUUAUUUAAACAAGACCUCUGAGGAGGAGGAGGAGCAGAGCACAGAGAAGCCCUCAGCUCCACCCGAGGGAGCAUCCGCCGACCCCGUCGCCCUGCGCCGCCGGACACUGGCUGCCGCUGCCGAGCGGAGGCUUCAGAUGCAACAAAACUCCUAGCAUCUCCUUGCCCUUCCUUCCUCCUCGUGAGCAAUGUGGAAUGAAUAAAUGAAAGGCAAAUUUAAAAAACAAAACCAACCCCCAACCCUGCGCUUUCUAUCCCAGCAGGAAAAGUGUCACUUGAAGAGUUCAGCUGGCGGUGCUGCCGCGGGAGCUGGAUGCCUCGCUGCUGUACAAAGCAUGUGGUCUAAUGCUCUUUGGACAGCUGACAAAUUAACCUUUUUUCCUGUUUUUCGAAAUAUUUUCUAUGUGACAUUGAUCCCCUCCACAGCCAAAAGGCAGUUUCUAAACCAUAGGUGUGUUUUCUGCAGCUGGAGUGAGGAAACGGGCGUGGAAUUGGCAGCUGUGGGUGCAGGUUGCUGAGGGCACUGCCACGUUCAGCUCGAGAUCAGGGAGGGUUAUUCCAGGAGGGAAGGCAACUUAGGAAUUUGCAGCAGCAGCCCUGUUCCUGUUGACAGCCAAAAGUUGUCUGAGGGCUGGGGCAGCCUGGCUGGAAGGUCAGAUCUUGGCUUGGCUGGAGCUUGUCUGGCCACUGGAUGCGAUAACAAAGGAAUUCCUGAGCUGCUGCACCGAUCCCAGCAGGAACUAGUUUGGUUACUGCUGCUCAGCUCUUCCUCCCUGGCAGAGCUCUGCCUCUGUUUGCUUCCCAGGGCUGCAGAGUUUUCCUUUGCCUUUUAUGGCUGGAAAAAAGAAAGACUUGAGGGGAAGGGAGUGAAGAAGAGGGGACACCAGGUGAGGUUACAGCCCCUGCCAUUCAGUGUUACUGUAAACCAGGGGAGUACGGUAGGAAAAACCUGCCUGGUCUGGACUCCAACACGGAUGGGACUUCAUGGAGGUAGCUCCACUAUCUUGCUUUUUAUGUCACUUUUUAACCCCACAACUUCACCGUGAGUUGAUUUGGAAAGACUGGAGGCACUGGGGCAUCUGGCUGCAGCCCCACCUCUGCUUUUUCUAGAGACCUUUGGACAUGAGAUCACUUGGAGCCACCGAUGCCAGCCUGUGUAGUUGAUUUUUUUUUUUACAUGGCAGUGACUUAAUUUUUAAACUUCUGAAGAGUGCAUUCUAGUGGAAGGAGCCCAGUAUUAUCUAGAAUUGCUGGUAACUUUUUUUACUGUUGGGUUUUUAGGACACUGCAGGUGAGUUUAAUGAGGGAAGUUGCAUCGAUGUUUAGUUGGAAAUAAUUUAUUUCAGUUCAACUCUUUGGGAAGCCUUACCUUGCAAUGCUACUAGUAAACCUCAGAGAAAUCUCUUUCCUUUUUUUUUUAAUUUGAGGUCUUUGGUUUUGCUCAGAGCUGGUUUGUUCUUAUUGUUAAAAAAAAAAAAAAAAAGGAAAAAAAUUAAAUCUUGGUCAGUGUUGGAAAUUGUUUGGAAA